GUACAAUCAAAACGUACACAAAUAUUUAUUUUUAGUUAGAUACCCUCAAAAAACUAGAUACGAAAAUAAACGUAAUCGUUCAUAAAGAAACCUCCAUGAAAACUUCCGAGGAAAUAGUUCGGACUUUUAUCCAAAUUUUUUUAUCCGAUUUAAUAAAUCACUUACAAAAAAUUGAUACAAAAUUCAGUAGUGUCUUAUCAACUACUCCAAACAAUUCACCUCGGGUGAGCAAGAUGUGCGCUACAAUUAUAUAUUCUCAGCAGAGACAGACCGAGUGUUUAACCAACAGACGAAUAAUGAAGAUGAAAGAACAACAAUCCUCCUCAAAGCAGCAAGAGCGCAGUGACAAAAAAAAGAAAAAACUGGCCGCGCUGGCAAAUCUAAUACAGCUCAACGACAAGGAUCGCAUACACGAAGCAGAGCAGUCAAAGCAACGUAACGACAGUGACAAUCAAAACGAGGACGAGGGCUUCAUUACCGUUUGCAGCAAACGAAAGCCCCGAAAUCGUCUAACUAUUAUGACAGACAGCAGCAGCAGUGAGACAAUCAUCAGAGCCGCCACUGCUGGCGAGGCGGACUCCGAUGAGCCCGUAAUCAAACGUAGCCGCAACAAUUUAGCUGGCGGCGAUACACACACACUGAACGAUUUACCUGGCACACUAACCCAUGAGCAGUACAAAUCUCUGUCCAUGGAGCUGCGCCGCCGCAAGCGGGAGCUGGAGAGCGUGCCCGAAGUGCAUCUGCGAGACAUGGGCAGGCGUGCUUUGCUGGAGAUACCGCAGCAGGACCGUACGCCCAUCUUUCUGGCAGACAUUCAGCAUCUGCUGAUGGCGGCCCUCAUUGGCAAGAAAAGCCCCUGUGCCCCCGAUCGCUGGUGCAGUGCGGAUAAGUUUCAGAGUCUCUCGCACAGCGUUGUCCUCAUACUGGAUGGAUUGUCGCUUUAUCAUUACGUUUCCAAUGAGAGCCGAUUCGAGGCCACAAAUCGAAUAUUUGAUAUGAAGCUGGAGGUGGUUCUGCCUCCGCACGAUGAGGGCAAAAUUAUCGAUUCCAUUGCCCAGAUUCCACUGACGAAUGUGCAGGCCCAGAAAUUAAUUAACGAGCAUGGUUCUCUCGAAUCGGCCGUGGAGCUAAACAAGGAUCCGACCCUAUUUGUAAAGGUACUUUUCCCCAUUGAGAAGCAGUCGCCUUCUCCGUCGCCUUCGACUCAAACGGAGUCGAUUGAUUUACAUCCAGAUGACAAGUUUCCCCGCACAAAGCUGCUGCUCUCGGCACUACAAUUGGUUGACGAGGGCUAUCCAAUACCGCUGCAGGGCGAGCUGCACUCGCGCUUCAGUUCGUUUAAGUUCACGAAGAAAUCAUAUGCACCUGUAAACGAUCGCAGUCCCAUGUACGGUGUGGAUUGUGAGAUGUGUCGGACCAUAUCAGGCGCAAAUGAAUUGACGCGUAUUUCCAUUGUGGACGAGAAAUAUCAGACAGUGUACGAGACCUUGGUUCGUCCUGCUAACAAAAUCACCGACUAUCUGACACAAUACUCGGGCAUAACGCCAGAAAUAAUGAAGACGGUGACAAAGAGUUUGGCGGAUGUGCAGCGUGAGGUGUCCGCAUUGCUUCCGACAGAUGCGAUACUUGUGGGUCAGUCGCUCAACUCCGAUCUGAAUGCCAUGCGAAUGAUGCAUCCAUAUGUGAUAGACACCAGUGUCUGUUUCAACAUUAGUGGAGUGCGCAAGCGCAAGAGUAAACUGAAGCAUUUGGCCAAGACGUUCCUGCAGGAGAGCAUACAGGAGAAUGAAGAUGGCCAUGACUCCAUUGAGGAUUCGCUUGCCACACUAAAGCUGGUCAAAAUGAAGCUGGCUAAUAGCAUUGAGUUCGGUGACGAAAUUCUGACACAACGCAAACGCAUUCAUGAUGUGAUACGUGCCGCCAGCGGCGACGGGCUCCAAAAUAACCUAUUUGCCCACGCAGCGAAGCGGGACAAGCGCACUGCCAUUGUGACUGUCGGGGACAUGCAGCCGUGUCUCAAAGAGGUCAUUACAAAGGCGGAACAGGCGGCAUCCAGCGACAGCAGCAAAUCGGUUUAUGUGCACGAAGUCCCCAGCACCAAGGAGGCAGUGCGUAAGGUCAACGAGAUUGCGCUGGAGAAUGCACUGACCAUUGCCAAUCUGAUGGUGCCCGAAAAGGAUUUUAUGCUGGAAACCGCUGAGCGUACAGCCACAAAAUUGGAUAAUUUAAUCGAGCGUGUCUGGAACACAAUGGCUCACAAUGGGCUCCUUAUGGUACUGAUGGGUGGCUCUUCUGAGUGCCAAAAGGGAGUGGCCAAAAUUGCCAUCAAGCGUCGUAAUGGUAGCAUCCCUGCUAGUGCUCUCUUAACCACAUCUCUAUCGUCCGACUCAUGAACAAACAAUGAAAAACACACACACAUACUCUCACACACAUGUACAAUAUGUACAUACCCGCCUACAUAGAAUUAGCAAUUCAUACAAGAUUCAAUCCUUGAAUCCAAAAUACAAAUUAAUCAAUCAACACAAAAGAAAUUGCGAAAUUCAUUUCUAACUUUCGACAAAACUUUUUUGGUUAUUUUUUUGAAACAGCGCAAUGGAAAAUUUGUUGUAAUUUUCAUCUUGAUUUAAAAAAAAAACGAAAAAUACCUUUUAACAGCUUAAAAGUAGUAUUUAAGUACAACUAAAUUAUCGCAAAAAAAAAGUUACAUUAUGGAAAUUUUGUUGAAAAAAGCCAAUAAAUCCACAUUGUUUGUAAAUCACAAAUAAAUAUAGCCAAGUCCAUUGUUA